AUGACCGUCGCACCCUUUGUGCUCCGUUCAGGUUACGUCGAGUUGGCCAAGGUAGUCCACUCGACAUGUGGAUCGCUCACCACGGUCUUCCUCUUCACCAGACUUUGGGCCAGGGUACAGCACUAUCAUGGAUUAUGGCGGGAUGACUACACUCUAAUUGCAGCCUGGGUUUGUUUGUUAAUAUCGAACGGUUUCGGUGCAGCUGGGCCCGCGUACGGCUUCAACGUCCUCGACGGGGGCCCCCGUGGCCAGGCAAUCCACUUCACCGCGGUCAGCUUCAUGUACGGCGCGAUCGCCCUGAGCAAGACAGCAUUCGCCAUCACCCUGCUUCGGUUAACGUCUGGAUGGCGGAGCAAGGGACUUCUGUGGCUGGUCAUGGUGUUGACCAACACGUUCAACCUGGCCCUCUUUAUCCUGACAUGGCUGGAUAUUUGCGACACUCAGUUCGAUCUUUCGCACCUGCCCGGUCGGUGUAUCCCAAUGUCUGUUGCGACUUGGCUUCACCUCGGCGCCACCCUCAACUCCUUGGUCUGCGAUAUCAUCCUAACUUGUUACCCCUGGUGGAUUAUCAGUCAGGUCGCAUACAUACCGACAAAGGAGAAGUGGGGAGUCGCUGCAGCUAUGGGGCUCGUGGGUUUUGCUAUACUAGUGGAAAUCGCCAAGAUCAUCAUAUUCAGCAUGAUUCCGGUGCACAAACACGGAGAGGUGGACUAUACUUAUGGGGUCGUGGCAGUGUGCUGCUUCCACCAGGCUGAGGCUGCUGUCUUUAUCAUCGCCCAGACCAUCCCCGUGAUCCGUGUCAUGUUCCAAUCCGAAGUCGCUUCUCACAGAUCCAGUACCUCGAGCCGGGCGGCGUCGACUAAGUCAAAGACGCCAAGACCUAAUGCAGCCAAUGAAGUCGCUCAGCCGGUUGAGCUCGUCCAGCUCCCCAGCGGUCGAAUCGUCGCUGCGGACUCUGAAGAAGGCAGAGCUGCUCAGAGCCAAGGGGCUCCCGAAGGCAAAAGUGUCCUGGGUGCGCAGCCGCCGGAAGUCACUGUGACCUCGCCACCUCAGGAGGAUGCUGGUCAGAGAACUCGCAGAGACGGUGACGAGGUCCACAGAAUCUGGGAGGAAAUGGGUCUAUCCAGGAGAGCAUGGUCAAAAUCACCAUCGCCGCCUCCGGAAGGGCGCACAAGAUAG